CACUAACUAUCUCCUUCUUUCCUCAACAACUCAUCUCUCUUUCUUAUCUCACCUAUCCAUAUAUAUCUAGUUGCCAACGAGAUAGGGCGGGCGGCCGGCGGGGGGGCAAUCAAAUAAAUGGGAAGGUCACCUUGCUGCGAAAAAGCCCACACAAACAAGGGGGCUUGGACGAAAGACGAGGACGAGAGGCUUGUGGCUUACAUCAAAGCCCACGGGGAGGGCUGCUGGAGGUCCCUCCCUAAGGCCGCCGGACUCCUCCGCUGCGGCAAGAGCUGCCGCCUCCGCUGGAUCAACUACCUCCGCCCUGACCUCAAGCGCGGCAACUUCACCCCGGAGGAAGAUGAACUUAUCAUCAAACUCCACGGCCUUUUAGGCAACAAGUGGUCUCUAAUUGCUGGAAGAUUACCGGGAAGAACGGAUAAUGAGAUCAAGAAUUAUUGGAACACACAUAUACGAAGGAAGCUCUUGAUCAGAGGAAUCGACCCCGCCACCCACCGGCCGAUCAGCGGCGGCCUGCAGCCCACAGAUCUGUUACCCGCCGCCGAGAAUUAUAUGAAUAGCGGUAAAAUUUCGGCGUCCAAAGGAGAAGGAGAUGAUAAGGAGGUGGCGGUGGUGGAGGGCGGAGAUGGGUUGUGUCCGGACUUGAAUCUUGACCUCAGAAUCAGCCCCCCUUAUUUCACCUGCCAAGAACCGCCGCCGCCGCCGUUGCAGUUUGCCGCCGGAUCGGCUGGCGGCAGUCAGCGGGUCAACCCGAUGUGCUUCGCAUGCAGUUUGGGAAUACUGAACAGCACCGACUGUAGUUGCAAAGGCUAUAACAUUGCCGCCGCCGCCGGCGACUGACAUCAACGACGGCCGGUGGCUGUCAGUUGGAUUCUAGGGUAUAUUUUUGGGAUGCUCUGUAAUUUGCCUCUAAUUUUUAAACCUCCAUAGGAGAGGAGUAAUAUUUGAUUCCAAUGGUUAAUAUAUUAAAAUUAGUUUCUUUUU